AUGGUCUUUCUACUCAGAAUUGCAAUCUUUGCCCUGGCAACUGCUCCUUUGAUAGCUGCGGCUCCGACUGAUGUUCGAUCACCUAGUCCGCCACGCUCGUCCCCACCUUUCACCUUCGAGCAAUGGGCUGAUGAUAUUAUCAAUAACCCCACGGCUCAACACAUAUCUGCUAAAGAGGCAGCAGAAGCUUCAAUUAGAUCUCGGAACAUCAUCGGCUGGCAAUCUACAACCCCUCACAACACUUCUUGGUCUGAAGAAUCCAAUGGAAGUCAAUCAAAUAAGCGCGAUAAAGUCUUCCUCAAAUCCAAGACUUCUGAAAGUGGCAAGAUCAUUGAUAUCAACACCGUUCGAUGCAACGGCUUCCCCACAAAUAUGGCACCGAUUGAGAACGCCGCCUGGUGCAUUCAGUGGCUUGCAAACCAAGAUGACAACAAGUGCAUUGUUAUGGAAAAGGAGGUGACAGGGUUCUGCCGCUCAAAUGGUGAAACUUUCAUUCUCGGAUGGAGGAAGAACAAGAAAUCUCUGCACCAGUCAACUUGCCAGGAAAUCGCAAGAACUGCGGGAAGGAUCAUGGAUUACUGCACAAGUAGCGGAUUCGUACAAGGAGAAACAACUGCGUGGAAUGAUACGGCUACUGGAGUUAUGAUUCGGACGUUUGAGUCGGGUGCUAUUGACAAAAACAUCAAGCUUGAGAUGUGA